AUGAGGACCCCCGACAGCACAGGGCGGGCCCAGCGCCUGCCAAAGCAGAUGGGGGCCAGGUGUGAGGAUGACCACACCCCCUUCCUCCCUUCUGCUUCCAGUCCCGGUCUCAGAGACUCUGGGGUUCAGUACAGGGAGGAGGACCCCAUCUCGGCAGUUGGUGGGCCAGGGACCCUGGAAGCUAGACCAGAGUCAGUCCUGCUCUCAGAGACUCUGGGGGUUCCGUGCAGGGAGGAGGACCCCAUCUCGGCAGAUGGUGGGCCAGGGACCCUGGAAGCUAGACCAGAGUCAGUCCUGCUCUCAGAGACUCUGGGGGUUCUGUACAGGGAGCAGGACCCCAUCUCGGCAGAUGGUGGGCCAGGGACCUGCCAUAGCCAAGGAGUCAUCAUGCCUCGAGUUCCAAAGAGUCAACGCUCCUCGCUUGAUAUUCCCAUGCCUGUGGAAGAGGAUUCUUCCUCCUCCUCCUCCACCUGCUCCUCCUCUUUUCCUUCCUCUUCCUCUUUCUCCUCUUCCUCUUCCUCUUGCUAUCCUCUGCUUUCUAGUAACCUAAGCACCGCAUAUGAGGGAGAGAAGGAUCAGGAGGUUCCUGCUGCUGCUGGGGCACCAAGUCCUCCCCUGAGCUCUCCAAGUGCCUAUACCUCCCCUACUGCCUUUGCCGCUGCUGCUCCCUUGAGCCAAUCCAGCAGCGAAGAAUGGGAGGGUCCGAGUACCUCCUGGGCCUUGCCAGGCCCAGAGCCCUUGCCCAGAUGUGUGAUUAAUGAUAAGGUAGCUGAUCUGGUGGGGUUCCUGCUCCUGAAGUAUCGCACAAAGGAGCAGACCACAAGGGCAGAAAUGCUGAGUAGCAUCAUCAGAGAGCACCAGGACCACUUUGCUGUAAUCUUUAGGGAGGCCUCUGAGUGCAUGCAGCUGGUUUAUGGCAUUGAUGUGAAGGAAGUGGACCCCACCAGCCACACCUAUGUCCUAGUCACCAACCUGGGCCUCUCCUAUGAUGGGAUGGUGAGCGAUGAGCACAGUAUGCCCAAGACGGGCCUGCUGAUACUCAUCCUUAGUAUAAUCGUCUUGGAGGAUGAUUGUGUCCCCGAAGAGAGGAUAUGGGAAGCACUGAAUGCCAUGGGGGUGCAUGCGGGGAUGGAGCAUAGCAUCUAUGGGGAGCCCAGGGAGCUCCUCACCAGAGUUUGGGUGCAGGAACAGUACCUGGAGUACCGGCAGGUGCCCAACAGUGAUCCUGCACGGUACGAGUUCCUGUGGGGUCCCAGGGCCCACGCUGAGACCACCAAGUUGAAAGUCCUGGAGUUUUUGUCCCAGGUCAGUGGGGGUGACCCCAGAUCCUUCACACACUUCUAUCAGGAGGCUUUGAGAGAGGAGGAACAGAGAGCCCAGGCCAGAGUUAGGACCACAGAUGAUACUACUGCCAUGGCCAGUGCAAGCUCUUCUGCCAUGCCCAGUGGCUUCUUCUGCCUUGACUGA